CGGAAUUUACUUCGCCAAGCGUGGUCCACAGUGGAGAGCCCGGUCCCCAGAAAAUUUCACUCUGACAAGUGAGUGCACGCCCGCGGGGACCCCGCACGGGGUGGCCUAAGUGGCUCAAGUCGUAUAUUUCGCGUUUCCCCUUCCCCUUUCCUUUUUUAUCACCUCAUUUCAUGUCAUCUUCCAUCUCAUACGAUACGCUCUUGCAGAUCCCUCGCAAUGGCAAUUGAACCGAAUUUGAAAUAUCCUAGCGAGUCUCGCACAAGCGUAGACAAACCUGUCGGUGAUGUUGAUCUUGUCGAGAAUUUGCCAAGUCAAAAUGUCCCACACUUCUAUGUGCCUCGAACACCGCAGGAAGCGGCACUCGAUAGGUCGAUCAACAUGAAAUUAGACUUCAUUGUACUUCCGUUGCUUGCAUUCAACUUCAUGUUGUGCGGUAUCGACAAGACGAAUAUCGGGAAUGCUGCUACAACGAGCUUUGCAAAAGAUGCACACCUAAAGCCUAACGAUAUUUCCAAUGCCGUGUCCUUGCUUUCAGUCACAUUCGUCACGCUACAGCCGUUAUCUACCAUCAUCGGCAGACGCGUUGGAGUCAAAUACUGGAUCUCAUUCAUGAUGGUGGCAUGGGUUUCACUUUGCAUGGCUCAUGCGGGAAUAAAUAAUAGAGAAAAACUAAUCGCUUUACGUCUCCUGCUUGGAGCUGCUGAAGCUGGAUUCGUGCCCAGUGUUUUCUUCUACCUUUCAACCUGGUAUCCCAAAUACCAUCUGGGAUUUCGACUUGGACUGUUCGCGGGAAUGUACUCAAUUGCUGGAGCUUUUUCGGGUCUCAUAGCAUACGGCGUCUUCAAAAUCCAUUCAUCGAAAUACAAGAGUUGGCAGUUGUUGUUUAUGAUUGAGGGUGGUAUCACAAUAUUUGCCGUCCUUAUCACAUUCUUCGCUCUUCCCUUGAAGCAAACCUCAGCAUGGUUUCUCAGCAAAGCCGAACGCGAACACUCUCUUCACAGAAUGGAUAUCGACGUAAUGAAAAACUUUGAAGUUGACCAAGAUGGCAACGCCAUUAAAGACACCCGCAUGGUCAGCAUGCGAGAUGUUAAAGCCGUCCUCACAGAUUGGAAGAAACUUCUCACAGUUGUUUUCAAUAUUUUGGCUACGCUACCUGUCAGCGCUUUUGGAACUUUCUUGCCCCUCAUUGUUAAAGGUAUGGGAUACUCUGGUGUUCAGGCAAACUUGAUGAGCGUAUCACCUUUCGUGGUUGGAGCCUUCGGUCUCUUCAUCUUCGUCUACUCCUCCGACCACUUCCACGAACGCUCCCUGCACACAGUGACCAGCAUGGCCCUCGCGCUCAUCGGUUUGAUCGUAAUGUACACCUCCUCCGAUCCACACCUCCGUUACGGAUUUACACACGUCUGCCUGGCCGGAGCCUUCUCUGCCGGCCCUCUCAUCGUCGGCUGGCUCGCCAACAACACCCCACUACUUGGACCACGUUCCUUGAUCAUCGGUAUCAAUGGAUACAGCAACAUCGCUGGCAUUAUUGCAGGCCAGUUGUUCAAAGCGCAGUAUGCGCCUUCGUAUGGGUAUCCCCUUAAAAUUACGAUGAUAUUGAUUGGCGUAGGGAUGUUGGGGUUCUUGGGAAUGAGAGGCGCGUAUAUGUAUGAGAAUCGUUGGAGGGCGAAGCAGAUUGCGGGGUGGGACGAGGAACAAAGGAGGGCCGAGGAUAGAGGGGAGAAUGGGAGGCGCGGAGAUCAGAGGCGGACUUUUACGUUUACUUACUAGUGAUCAUAUUUCGCGCAGGGGCAGUGCCGGAAAACGAUUGCAGCAGAUUUGUCCCGUAUUUGUUCCAGUAUUUGACUCUUGGUG